GAGAAGCACAAGCAAGCAGUGUCAUUAUCGUGGUGGCUAGUGACAUGGUUAGAUUUGGUAUAUCCAAUCAGAUCACAGGCAGGAAGCAGUCAGAUCUCACUCACCCCUCAAAAAAAAAAAUCAAAAACAAAAACAAAGAAAAACCCGGUGAAUCUCCCGAAUCUGUUGCUUCCCUCUCUCUCCGUCGCCCACCACCACCAGGCCAGCACAAUAUAUUCCCCGCUGCGGCCGCAGACCACACCUUCCACCAAAUUUCCGUCCCCCCAUAUCCACCGCACCACACCACGGCUGUCCCUUCCUCUCCUGGUUCUCCAGUCUCCACUCCUCCGCCUCAACAGCGCUCGGCUAUUCCCGGAUUGCGGCUUGGGGUUGGUCUGGUGAUUGGCGGAGGAGGGACUUUUCAAGAACGGGCGGCGCGGCGGCGGCGGCGGCGCUUUUUUCCUGACGCAAACAAAUUGCCCCGGUCUCCUGCCUUCUUGCUGGCGCGCUUGGGGCCGUGGUUGGGCUCAGGAAUGGGGGGAGGAGAGCAGGGGCUGCGUCGCCUGGCCCGGUUCCCAUCUCUCUGAACUUAGAUGGAUGCAUCGGUGAACGCCAAGAAGAAGGUUAGUUUCUGUGGGAACACUGGCCACAGCCGCUGCGGUGAAGUUCAUUUAGCUGCCGCCGUGUGCUCCGGUCGUAUGCGAAGCAACCCCUUCUCACUUCAGGUUUGGUUUGCAUUUCCGUUCAAGUAUAAAGGAAGCAGUAUUUGGCAUGGCAUUUGAAUAGCAUUGGAACCUAUAGAAAAAAAGUGUUCCAGCAGUAUUACGUUACACUGGUGUUGUACUGUUAAAAAACAUGGUGGACGUAGAACUGUUCUAUAAGGACACUAGCGAUCACAGCAUCAGCUCUGAGGAAGAAGAUAUGCUUAUCAGGAGUUGUAGCAAUCUCAAUGUGAGUUUUGGAUACCAUUGUGAUUCUUCUCAGAGCUUUUCUCCUGAAAAUGAUCAUGGGAAUGGCAUUUCUCCUAAGAACAUAUUUGGGACUAAUACCAUGAUCGGGUCACGAAAUGGCUCAUUUACUUGUUUAUCUGGUGCUGCUAUUAGUGCAAAUUUUACACUGGCAAACACAAAUAUUUGCAAUGGUCUUAUUGGUGAAGAAAUUUUACCAGAACUAGAUUCUCCAAACUCCUUCAGAAAAAUCGUUUCUUCUCCAUCAAUGUCAAGAUUGGACUCAUACUCCACCUCACAAGGCAGCCCUGUGUCAACUGAGAGCUCUAUAUUUGAGAUCAGUAAAAAUCUUUGGAGGUCCAGUGCCCCAACAACUGUAUCAUCCAAUUUUCUGACUAAUACAGAGGUGAAAAUGGCUGGCGGAGCUGCUGGAGAGGAUAGAGUCCAAGCUGUGUGCUCAGAGAAAAAUGGAUGGCUGAUUUGUGGAAUAUAUGAUGGGUUUAAUGGGAGGGAUGCAGCUGAUUUUCUCGCGGUAACUCUGUAUGAUAACAUAGUAUAUUACUUGUACCUGCUGGAGAAUCGGAUAAAGCAACAAAAUGGUUUAUACAAUUCAUCAGAAACCUCUCUCAAUGGCCUUAAAAGCGAGUUAACACUAGCCAUGAGAAAUUCAGAAAAUGAAGACAUAAAAUUUUCUGAAACAUUUCGAGCUGGUGUGCUGAAUUGCCUUUCUACUGCUGUUGAGCAAGCUGAGAAUGACUUUUUAUGCAUGGUUGAACAAGAGAUGGAUGAUAGGCCAGAUUUAGUUUCAGUAGGGUCUUGUGUUCUGGUUGUUCUUCUUCAUGGAACAGAUCUGUGCAUCUUAAAUUUGGGGGACAGUAGAGCUGUGCUUGCUUCCAUGCCAUAUGUACAAAAUGGUGCUUUGAAGGCUACUCAGCUGACAGAGACCCACUCGCUUGAAAAUCCUUUGGAGUACCAAAGACUUUUAGCUGACCAUCCCGACGAUUCUUCAGUUGUCAGGGGUAACAAAAUAAAAGGAAAGUUGAAGGUUACUCGUGCUUUUGGAGUUGGCUAUCUAAAGCAGAGGAAGUUCAAUGAUGCACUGAUGGGCAUUCUACGAGUCCGCGAUUUGAGCAGCCCUCCAUAUGUUUACACAAAUCCACACACAUUGAGUCACAAAGUUACAGAUGAUGACUUGUUUGUUGUGCUCGGUAGUGAUGGCUUAUUUGAUUUCUUCAGUAAUGAUGAAGUUGUUUGGUUGGUUUAUCAAUUUAUGCGUGAUAAUCCAAUGGGGGAUCCUGCAAAAUAUCUCAUUGAGCAACUUAUACUCAAAGCAGCCAAGGAAGCAGCUUUAACAGCCGAAGAAUUGAUGAGGAUACCUGUUGGGAGUAGGAGGAAGUACCAUGAUGAUGUGACCGUCAUUGUUAUCAUCCUUGGAAAUGCACAGAGGACGAUGACUGCAUCAACUUCCUUGUGAAAGAAUGGAGAGAUAGAGAGACGGGCUAUCAGCUGGUAAAUUUUUGUGGGUGUUUGCAUAUGUGCCUGUUUCAAAUUACAAGGUUUUUUUUUUGUUGAGAAUGGUGUGGUAGUCAACAAACCAAAUAAAAAUGUACAUAUUGUUUUGAAACAAAACCUUGUGUUCAAUCACAAGGUGCACAUGGAUUUGUUUGACCUACUUUUGUACAUGGAUCAAACAUGGAGGCUCGUACUUGAGCUAAUGAGUCCAUGAGCAGAGUGGUAGAUCGUUUCAGUUUCUGAUUGCCAAUCUUUCUCUGCUAAGUAUUUAUUUUUUGUGUUAAUCGUAAAUUUAUGA